ACUGUGAGGGAAUUCCCCUCUGCACUUUUGAUAAACUCUGAUUAGUUAAAAUUAUGCAUAGGCAUUUGUAAGUGUUAUAAUUCAAAAAUGAAUUAAUGUACAACGUGAAAUAAAAACUGAAUGGUCAGCAAAAAUUGAUAAUAUGAAAAGAUGCCGAGUUAAGUAUAAGUUUAAAACUCAUUUAAAUUCUGAGGAGCGUUUGCACUUUAUCUAUUGUUGUUCUAUUUAAUUUACCGAAAAAAAAAAGAUGGAAAUAAGUAUAACCGACACGUUUAAGGAUGGAGUGGUUUUCAUAACUGGAAUUACUGGAUUUCUAGGAAAAAUACUAGUGGAAAAGUUGCUCAGGUCUUGUGACGUGAAAAUUAUUGCAGUUAUCGUUAGAUGUAAAAAAGGAUUAGCUGCCAGUCAAAGAGCUGCGGAUACAUAUAAACAAGCUGUAUUUGAUCGUCUUCGAAUAGAAAAGCCUGACUUCGUGACUAAGAUAAAAAUUAUUGAUGGAGAUUUGGAACAACCCUCAUUAGGUUUAUCGUCAGAUGAUCGUGAUUGGUUGAUUGAAAAUGUGAAUUUCAUUUUUCACUGUGCCGCAACAGUCAGAUUCAAUGAAACUCUUCAGAAAGCAACGAAAAUAAACAUAUUGGGAACAAAUAAUGUUUUAGACCUUGCGUCGAUGAUGAAAAAUCUUAAGGGUGUUGUACACGUAUCAACUGCUUAUUCACAUUGUCCGAGGGAUGUAAUUAGGGAAGAAUUUUAUCCUGUUCCAAUUACGGCGAAAGAGCUAACAAAUAUGUUCAUUGACGAGAUUUCAUGUGCAAACAUUUUAGAAAAUUGGCCCAAUACAUACACAUUUACUAAAGCAAUUGCAGAAAAUAUGAUAUUGAACAAUGACAAUCAGUUACCGAUUUCCAUAUUUCGUCCAUCGAUUAUUGGAUGUACACACUUCGAACCUUAUCCCGGUUGGUUGGAUACUAUUAAUGGACCAUCUGGCAUAGUUACCGGAGUUAUGGCAGGAUUAUUAAGAACGAUUUAUCUUGAUUCGAAUAAAAUAACAGAUAUUAUACCAGUUGAUUAUACAGUAAACGCAUUGAUCAGUGUUAUGUGGGAUACAGUUAACAGUUAUCAACAUUUAAAUCAAACGAAAAAGGUACCAAAAAUAUAUAAUUACGUUUCUAGUAAUGAAAGCCCUAUAACUUGGGGCGAAUAUAUACAAAAUAUGUACGACCAUUAUUUUGAAGUUCCUCCGUUGCGAGCGAUGUGGUAUAUAUUUUGUAUUUUUCAUACCAAUUUUUUAAUUGACACAAUUCUGAGAUUUUGGCUACAUAAGGUACCGGGUGCAUUAAUGGAUUUGUUAUUAAUUAUAAGUGGUAAAACUCCCAAAAUGCUGAAAAUGUAUUCAAAAACAGAAUAUAUGUUGGAUAUGCUUAACGAAUUUCUUACUAGAGAAUGGUCUUUUGACAAUGAAAAUACCAAAAAACUUUGGUUAUCAUUAAGUAAAGAAGAUCGUAACAUUUUUUGGUUUAGCUUAGAAAAAUUCGACUGGAAAGACUAUUUAAAAAUUUAUUAUUUUGGAGUCAGGAAACAUAUACUUCACGAAGACCUGAGUAAUACAAAGAAGGCUGUAUCGAAAAAUCAAAAAUUAUUCUGGUUGCAUUGUUUGUGUAUUGUUCUUAUUAUUUAUAUUCUACUACAAUUUUUGUAUUGGAUAUUUAUAAUGUAAUGCAAUCUUACAUAUACGCAUUUAAAUCAUGCAUCAAUAACAUUUCUGUAAAUUAUUAUUAUAAAACCAAACAGCUGAUAUUCAAAAAUUUAAAUGAAUAACUACCAAAUACAUCUUAAUUUUAUUUAGUUAUAUUUACUUUAAUCACUUGUUAAUAAUGUGAAUUAUUAAUUAAAUUAGGUACCAAAAAUAGAUUAUUUAUAG